CUCCUUCUGUCUUCUUUAUUCUUCAAUUCACCGUUUUAUUCGACCUAAUUUGCUUCAAUCGUUUCAUUACCGAAUUUCUUGCUCUAUCUUUCUUUAUUUCGGAAUUUCAUUCACUCUUAUAAACCCUAAUUGCUCUUAUUGUCGUACUUUUUCUUUAAUCAACUGCAUUUCGCAAGACUUGAUUUGCUUAGACACAAUAAUAUAUCGCGGAAUGAGUAUACUGUUGUUGCACAAUUAUCUUUUGUAAGGAUGGAUGUCAAAAUAGACCCUACUCUGGAAACAAACGUGCAUGAUGGAGGCAGCCUAGAGACUGACUUGGGUUCUGCUACCAGAAAAGAUGGAGAUAGAGCAUACAGAGACCAUGCUGCUUAUGAUAAAUCACCUUUGCCACAUAAUUUGUUUGUUAAAGCUGUAGAUCAAGGAUCGAAACAUGAAUCCUCAGUGCCUGACAACCUGGAAUAUAGAACAACAAAUGAUCUUACUGAUGUGGACACAAACAUGGAGGAAGUCCAAGAAGUGCAAGAACAGGCUGUCAAUACUGAAGUAGUUGAGUCACUAGAAGAACAAGACGUUGAUCAGGAGUUAAUUUCUGAUUCAGUAAAUCCUCGGAACAAGGAAGAAGUGAAGGCCUUGGAACCUGAAAGCUUGAUGGAAGAUCACCGUGUUAGAUAUCAACUACCACCUGAAAAUGAGGUUAAGUUUGCAGUCUUUGAUUUGGUUUGGGGCAAGGUAAAGAGCCAUCCUUGGUGGCCUGGUCAAAUAUUUCAUCCUUCUGAUUCCUCAGAGAAGGCUAUGAAAUAUUACAAAAAAGAUUGCUAUUUGGUGGCAUAUUUUGGAGACCGGACAUUUGCGUGGAAUGAAGCUUCAGUACUUAAGCCGUUCAGGAAUCACUUCCCUCAGGCAGAGAGGCUAAACAAGUCAGAAGCAUUCCGAAAUGCCGUGAGUUGUGCUUUGGAAGAGCUUGCCAGAAGGGUGGAAUUGGGGCUGGCCUGUUCUUGUAUGUCUGAAGAAGCCUAUGGCAAGAUCAAAUAUCAGAUAGUUGAAAACUCUGGGAUAAGGGAAGAGUCAAGUAAGAGGGAAGGAGUAGAUAGGUCUACAGUAUUGGAUUAUUUUCAACCUGAUAAACUCAGCGAGUAUGUAAGAGCACUAGCAUUUUUUCCAACUAGUGGUGCUGAUCGGCUUGAGCUUGAAAUAGCGAAAGCUCAGCUAUUAGCUUUUAGUCAACUGAGAGGUUAUGAUGCAUUACCCGACUUCGAGUAUUAUGAGGGGUUGGUAGAAUAUGAUGCUCAUGCACUUCCUGGUUAUCAGAGGAUGUCAGGUGAGUUUGAACAUGCAGAUUCUGUGGCAAAAGUUAAUGCCAAGAAAGGCCCUCGUAAACGCAAACACAAUUUGAAAGACAUUGUGUGCCCAAGGAGAAAACAGAAAAAUAUGACAGAAUCAACGAAUGAGGCGAUGUAUUACCCUGAUGGUGAAUUUGAUUCACAUGAGGAAGAUGAUAUUACUUUGACUUCCCCUAUUGUCAGCGCUAAGCGUAAAGCUUCUGAGUUCCUUUCAGAUGAUUUCACAGCUCCGAGAAGCACAAAAAAUAUUUCUGUAGCUAAGUUUUCACAUACAGCAACCCCGAAUCCUCAGCAAUCCUUUAAAGUUGGUGAUUGUAUUCGCAGAGUUGCAAGCCAGCUGACAAGAUCGUCCAUAGAUGUCAAAGGCGGCAGCGUUAAAAGUAACAAGCAAUUAAGGGAUGGUGCUGAUGAAAUGUUAGAACCUCCUAAUGACUGUCUGACUGAUAGCGCAUCAAUAUCAUUAAAACAAUCCUCUUUGAAUGAGAUGCUUUCACAGCUUCACUUAUCUGGUCGAGAUCCAAUGAAAGGAUACAGCUUCUUGGGUGACAUUAUAAGCUUUUUCUCUGAAUAUAGAAAUUUAGCUGUCACAACUCAGCUGCAAAGGUUGCGCAAAGCACCUGGCAGAAAAAUCAAGUCUUCUGUUCCUGUUGUUGGGUCCCCUGAGACUUUUGAAUUUGAUGAUAGAAAUGACUCAUAUUGGACGGACAUGGUUGUCCAAGAUAAUGCUGUAGUUAAACAAGCUAGACCUGGUCGUAAGAAAAAGGAUGAACAUGUCGUCUCUGGUGAUCAUGAGGAGCUUCUUACUCGUAAUCCUAGGAAGUAUUCAAAGAAGCAGAACUCUCAUGGUAUUCAUGUUGCAGUUCCUGAGAUGCCUAAUGAGGUCGAGAAGAAGCUAGACCUGCCAACAGAGCUCAUGCUGAAAUUUGGUGAGGUGGGUUCUGUACCUUCAGAGAUGAAUUUGAAUAAAAUAUUCAGGCGUUUUGGGCCUCUGAAGGAAUCAGAAACAGAAGUAGAUGUGCACAGCAGUCGUGCUAGAGUGGUAUUUAAGAAACGUUCUGAUGCUGAGGUUGCUUAUAGUAGUGCUGCAAUGUUUAACAUUUUUGGGUCAACAGCAGUCAACUAUCAGCUUAAGCACACACCUCUUGUUCCCUUCAGAAGUUUACUAGCAAUAACCAAUGGAAAAGAGGAAACAACUUGAUGUCCUUGUUGCCAGAAUUUUAGGUCAUUGCUGGAGAAGAGCAGUUGGUGCUCUGUGAACUGACGACAGUAUGGAACUGAUAAAUAUCAGGAUGGCUGACGAAGAAGGAAGCACCAUCAUAAGGCUAGUGGAAGCACACCAGUUAUACGUCUGCUACCCUGAAAUGUAUUGAACCUUUUACUCUCCCAAUCUAAACUGUGGAUCUUUGGGAGUAGCAUGUGAACAAAUUGCCAUCCGGGGUCCGAGCACCAAAGAUUUCUGUUUAGAGUCACUCCCUUGAUGCCAUCUUUGAACAUACCUGUACAUUGCUGUACAUUCAACAUCUUUGCUGCACUUUGCAAUGUGAUUUUGCAAAUCAUGUGAUCAUAUUUGCCAAUGAUUUCGCAAGCAUGGAAGCGUCUAAACACUCGUUGCAUAAAAGUUGCCUUUGUUGUUCUCGAAGCAAUUCUUUGAGCUCCUAGAUGCUGUAUAGACCAUUCUUUGAUUUUAUUAUUUUGCAAGUUAUUACUUCAUGUCUAUUAUACGAGUGUUCUGUUACUAGGUUCAUGUUAUAUGGGAAGUCAAUCUGCAUUAGAAAAGAUUUAGUUUCAAAACUUAGAUCUUUCAUACUGAUGGUUGUGUGACAUAACAGUGAAGGCCUCUCUACUUUGAAGGAUGUAGUCAUUGAACUUCACUUACAACAAGAUUGAAGCCAUGGGAUUUGGAGUUCUUAUCAAGUAUGAUUUUAGUUAAUUUAUUUUGAUUGCACAGUUUGUGUUUAUGCUGUAAAUCUAUGUUUUUUUAGAUCUAAUAAUAUCAUAGAUGCAAUGGAGCAUUAUAUUAAUGAUAA